UUCAUGGGUAGACGGAGAAAUAAGAGGUUAACAACACUGCUGACAUGGUUUGUCACAUCUGUCGGGGCACUUUGCUACACAUUUAGUUGCAUAGGUGCAACAAACGCCGAUACUGUUUUGGACGAAUUUGCAGAUAAAAACAAUGCAUUCACCACCAGUCAUUACGGUCACGAUCCUGACUCAUCUGAGCAGACGGCAGCUUGUCAUUCCAAACUACACAAGGAGAGUCACCUAAUGAUAGUGAGUACACUAAAUGGAGAUGUUUCUGCUAUUGACAUCAACAACAAAGGAAAGCUUGAGUGGAGGAUAUCUGCAGACUCAAGUCCUCUCCUGUCUUCAAGUAUCAGCAAACUGGAGAUAAGUCGCAAUGGAAUGCCAACUCGUCUGAUUCCAUCACUGGAUGGAGGCCUGUAUCAGUAUGAUGGUGAGAGUAUUGAGGCAAUCCCGAUGACUGUAGAAACACUUCUCAGCUCCUCCAACAAACUGAGCGACAAGAUGAUGAUGGUUGGUUCUAAAGACAUCAGAACUUAUGGAGUCAAUCCUGCAGAUGGACAAAUGAAUUAUGUAUGUUCUGCGGAAGGCUGCCAAUUUGUCGCAGAGUCCGAUGUGACAGAGAUGGAUGACAUAUUGGUGAUAACACGAAACACACAAACUGUUCGUGCUGUAGACUGCAGAACAGGAGGCGAAAAGUGGAACUUCAGUGUUGGCCAACAUGAGCUCCAGUUUCUGGGCGGAAAGAGCGUACCGCCAUCACAGACAGUGAAAGAUAAUUCUGAUGAUGAUAUCUCCAUCUUGACAUGUGGUUCAGACGAUGACGAAGAAGAAGACUUAGAUUUUAAUAUCCAGGACACACUGCGGAUUGUGGUACCAGAGGGACUGAUUGUGGGUAUGGACCCAAGUGAUUCCAGCUUAGUUGAAUGGCAACACAAGUUCACUAGUCCUGUGGCUGGUGCUUGGUUCCUUCACAAGAAGGAGCUAAUGCCUGUGAAUGUGUUUGACAAACGACUUGUACCUGCCCUGUCAAGUUUUCAUCCUCCUACUGAAGAGCUGCCUAUGGAACCUCUGUUAUAUGUAGGUCUUCAUCAUAAUCAGCUGUAUGUUCAACCCUCUACAACGAUGAAAGAACAUGUAUCACAGGCAGUGUCUAAAGGCGAGGUCAGUAGACUGGACGUCCCAAGGGUAACCUGGAAACCUUACCUUAAUUCUGCCCCAUCAAGAACACCUUGGUUGAACUACAAAGGUCAUGGUGAAGUGCCCCUUCUAGAUCACUGUGAAAAGAAUUUACCAGAGAUGGAGGAUGAACAAGAAAGGGGUCUCUCUGUGUGGCAUGAAAACUACCCUUUUGACAAUGGUUACUACCUGUAUCCAGAGUUUGAAUUUGUGGUACCAAAUUCUUCAUAUAAGAAGAACAACUCUACCUCUCAAAACAGCAGCUCCUCUAUAAUAGAAAGUGUCAUGACUACCUCAUUGUGGACCUACUGGAGACAAGUGAUCAGCAUCAGUGUUGUCACUUCCAUCCUUGUAAACAUUAUCCUACACAAAUUGGGGCGGAGGAGAAACAUACCACUACUUCCACAAAUGUCAGAUAGUGGCAAUGUGACUGUGGCAGUAGAUCAGGACUCAGCAGUGAUACAGAAAAUAACUGAAGAGUACACAUCGAGAUACAGACAGGACUUUGAGCAGAUCCAAGUUCUAGGUAGAGGAGGCUACGGAGUGGUGUUUGAGGCCCGCAACAAAAUGGACACCUGUUGUUAUGCUGUUAAGAGGAUUGAACUUAAAAGCAGUGCCAAAGAAAAAGUGAUGAGGGAAGUCCGAGCACUGGCCACUCUGGAACACACAGGAAUUGUACGAUUUUUCCAUGCCUGGGAGGAGUCGCCUCCCCCAGGCUGGCAGGAGGAUAUGGAUCGCCAGUGGGUUGACAGUGAAUGUGUGACUUUGCCAACACCAUGUAACUCUGUAGAGACAGAAUCACAUGCCUUAAGUAUACCAGAUACACCAGUGUUUGACCUUAAGAAUCCAUUUGGAGGUCAGUCAAGAAACUUCGAUUAUAACUUCUCAAAAAAAAAGGGUAGUAGUGCUGAAUUUUCUGUUGACCAGUCGUGGAUAAGCUCGGAUACAGAACCUAGUCGCAAUCAGCCAUUUUUCAAUAUAAGUGACGAUUUAGACAAUGAGGAUUCGUUUGAAGUAGAAUUCAAACUAGAAGACAGUGAAGAUAGUGGUAGCUGUUCAAAGUCUCUUCCAUUUACCAGACAUCACAAAGACUGCUGGAAAUCUGACAGCAAUUCCUUCAGUGUACAGUUUGAGGACUCAGGAUGUGCUGAAAAUGAGAAAAGUUCGAAGAGUGAGUCAAGUGGAGGCAUUGUGUUUACAGGAGAAACAAGUGAUCAGAAUUCUAAUAACUUCAGACUAAACAUGCCACUUUCAAGUUGUUCAAGUCAACUCUCCGCUUCCACAGACAUACAGCUAUCCAAAACUAAAGAGUCUCACAAAAAUCCAAAAGAUGAAACCAAACAAUUAAAGGAACCUUCACAAAAAUUAUUCCUAUAUAUUCAGAUGCAGCUGUGUCAAAGAGAAACUUUGAAGGAAUGGUUAAGUGCUAAUAAUAAACCAAGGAACAAAAAUGAUAUGCUGAAAAUAUUUGGACAAAUCGUGUGUGCAAUUGAGUAUGUUCAUGGCUGUGGCUUAAUGCACAGAGAUCUGAAGCCCUCCAACAUAUUUUUUUCAGCAGAUAAUGUUAUAAAAAUUGGAGACUUUGGCCUGGUCACAGCUCUGUCAGAGGAAGAGAUUUUAGGGGAAGAGAAUCUGGGAAAUGUGACUUUCAAACAUACAACAGAGGUUGGGACUAAACUCUAUAUGGGACCAGAAUUGGUCUGUGGGAAAACCUACGGACAGAAGGUGGAUAUUUUCUCCCUGGGAAUGAUCCUUUUUGAAUUGCUGUAUCCAUUCAGCACCCAGAUGGAGAGGGUUCGUACCAUGACAGCGGUUAAGAUAAGACAACUCCCAAGAGAAUUUGAUAUGGCGUAUCCAGAACAGAGUAAAUACAUCAGAUGGCUUCUGUGUGAAGAUCCUUGUGGCAGACCAACAGCCACAGAAAUACUGAAGAGUUCCAUGAUGAAGGGCUACUGUUGUAGUCCACCUCCAGCUCGACCUCGGCUCAGGACCAUUUCUAACGACAGCAGUGGUAGUAGUGGUUCAGUAGGACAUGUCAGAAAUCUGUCCAUGUAAACAUUUCCUUGUCCUCAUAUCUAACUUACAUUAAUAUGUGUUCCUGGAAUUGUGAAAGUCUUCCUGUUCUGAUGUAAACAACAAUCAAGUACAUUGAUCACAUGUGUGUUAUUGAUGCAGAAGCUGUAUGAUAAUGAUUUUCCUGUUAGGAUCAAAUAUCUCAUCUGUAUUAACAUAUCUUUAUUUCAAGGUCCCUCUGGUUCUAGAACAAGGAACACAAUUGGUUGAUUCACUGUCAAUAUGUUGGUUAAUAAUAUCUGAUAACUUUGUCAGCAAGAUAUGUCACUACUGGCUAAUUGACAGGUCUUUUUCUUGGAACCUCCUAAGAUAGAGGUUAGCAUUAGUAGGUAAUAGAACCUGUCUGUUUCUUCUGAAUAUAUUAGUAUGUAUAGCUGGUUUGGGUUUACUUCAUGUGAUGUGGAUAUUCUGUUGUUACCAUCUCCAUCAGGUCAAUGUAUGUAUAAAACACUUGAGUGAUGUUCCCAGUACCUAGCAUGGAAACAGAAGAGCUAUUUCAGUAUGAUGUCUAACUUAACUUCAGGACCAAUAGUGUUCACUAAGCGUACCACACAUAUAACUUACAGGUAGUUGAUUCAACUGCAAGUUACUAGUGUAAUGCAGGUAGCUGGUUUAACCACAGAUAAUUUGUUUAACCACAGAUAAUUUGUUUUACCACAGGUAAUUGGUUUUACCACAGA